GGGUCUGUCCGGCUCGUACCCGGUUCUGCGGAGGCACACAGGGGCUGGAGCGUGUACCUGCAGGCUGUGAGCGAGUGUGUGUGCGCGGCUCGGAGGCAGCUCCUCCGCAGAACACGCCCUGGUAAAAAAGGUAGACAGACACACACACUCACAGCGAGAGGCACACGCACAUACACACACAUACACACACACACACACACACUGAGCUUGAUCACUGAGGAGCCGAGCUGCUUUACCUGAAAACAACAGCCCCAAUGGUCCCCUGUAGGCUCCCACCACCACCGGACUGUCACCAGAUGAAAGCAGGACGCGUGUGUUUCCACAAACUUUGGAGUUAUUGUAUAUUCGCGUGUGGUGCUCGGAACACCUGGAGAGCCUGUGGGACUCGGCGGGAGGAGUAAAGCUAGUUGUUGGAGCGUUCAUCCACCGGCAGGGCUGAGUACCAUGAGCAGGAAUACGCGGCGCUGGAUUUUCCAUUUUUUCCUGUGCCUCGGGAUCGUGUAUUUGAAGAUCGGGGGGCUGUCAUCGGUGGUCGCGCUGGGAGCGAGCAUCAUCUGUAACAAAAUCCCCGGCUUGGCUCCACGUCAGAGGACUAUCUGUCAGAGCCGACCCGACGCGAUCAUAGUGAUCGGGGAAGGAGUUCAGAUGGGGAUCAAUGAGUGUCAGUUUCAGUUCAGACACGGACGCUGGAACUGCUCUGCCCUGGGAGAGAGGACCGUGUUCGGGAAAGAGCUCAGAGUGGGCAGUAAGGAGGCUGCUUUCACCUAUGCUAUCAUAGCUGCCGGGGUCGCCCAUGCAGUCACAGCGGCCUGCACCCAGGGGAGCCUCAGUGGCUGCGGUUGCGACAAGGAGAAGCAGGGUUUCUAUAACCAGCAGGAGGGCUGGAAGUGGGGUGGCUGUUCCGCGGACAUCCACUACGGGCUGGGUUUCUCCAAGGUGUUUGUGGAUGCACGGGAGAUCAAGCAGAGCGCCAGGACACUCAUGAACUUACACAACAAUGAAGUGGGACGCAAGGCCCUGGAGAAGAGCAUGCGUCUGGAGUGCAAGUGUCACGGGGUUUCUGGAUCCUGCACCACUAAGACGUGUUGGACGACACUCCCCAAAUUCCGUCAGCUGGGAUACGUGCUCAAAGACAAGUACAACCACGCUGUUCACGUGGAACCGGUGCGUGCUAGCCGGAACAAGCGCCCCACCUUCCUGAAGAUCAAGAAACCCCACUCCUACCGCAAGCCCAAGGACACGGAGCUAGUCUACAUCGAGAGGUCUCCCAACUACUGCGAGGCCGACCCUCUGACCGGAAGCAUGGGGACACAGGGCCGUCUGUGUAACAAAACAGCUCAGCAGCCCAACAGCUGUGACCUGAUGUGCUGCGGUCGGGGAUAUAACACACACCAGUACUCGCGCGUUUGGCAGUGCAACUGCAAGUUCCUGUGGUGCUGCUAUGUCAAGUGCAACACGUGCAGUGAGAGGACAGAAGUGUAUACCUGUAAAUAGAGAUAUUUACUGGACGUUCCUUUAGGCGCUCGGCUAAACUGGCUGUGGAGAGACUGCCUUGCUCUCUGUGUAUUACAGCAAUCACAGCUUUAUCGUCCAACUUUUGUUGAUUAUAAUGAUGCCAAUGGACAUCUGCCAUGACACUGGACUCAAGCUCUAGGUUCAGAAAUGUUAUUUUUGUUUUUGAAUGCCAUUUUAUGCUGCAUGCUUAACUUUUUCGCAGGCCAUACUGGUGUGACUGACCUCAAACAGUAGGCCUAACAGUUUUUUUUUUUUUUUUUUUUUAACUGACUAAUAAUUUAUUUGAUGAGAAAACUACUGAUCAUUUUGAAGAUUCACUGCGACUCAAUCUAGUAAAGGUUUGAUGGUAUAGAUUCUGUUUAGUUAGAAAAGAAAAGAAACAAAGGCACUCAGAGCAAAAAGAUUUUUUCUUUGUUACAUUUUUUUUAGAAGACACUGGAUCUGAAAACUAAACAGUAGUGAAUAUUUGAGACCCUACAGAAGAGCAUUAAACUACUGAUCCUGGGUCAGGUAUGAUAGUAUUAUUUUCUACUUUUUUUCUGUCUCAUUUCAUCUUCACUUUGCUGCUAGUUGUCUGGAAAUUCGUGGAGUUUGUGGUCGAGCAGCCACAGUGACUCUUUUAGCAAAACCCCAGGAGCAAAUGCAAGCUUCCAGACCUAAAUUCCCCACGUUGCUGGUUAAUGGAAAAUAUUUUGUAAGAGUUUAUUUUUAUAUAAAUAUUUUUUAUUUAUUUUCCAUUGUUGUUUAAGAUAUUUUUUCAAUUUAAAUUACAUACAUUGCAAUUUAAAUAUAACUCCUGCAUGCUGUCUUGCUAAUACAUUUAUUAAGUCACACCUUUUUGCUGACCAUCAUCAGGUACAAAAAUAUGUAUGUGCACACACACACACACACACACACACACACACACACACACACACACACACACACACACACACACACACACACACACACACAUGCAUGCGCACACACACACACACACACAGACAUGCUCUGGCUGCAUCGCAUUAUUAAAACACAAAAAGCAGCAUCACUUUGACAAAGUUGAUCAUAAGUAACACACACACAACAUUUUCUCUCAUCAGCACAGGUCAAAAAUGGAACAGCUGUUCACUGAGUUAUAUUUAAAUUGCUGUGGAGCUCUGUCACCCAUUCAGGUGUGCAGAGGUUUUUGAACUAAGAAAUGACCCACUGAAACACUGUUUUAAAGAUGUGCCUUUAUGCUUUGUUAGCACAAUAUCAUUCUUUUACACUGAAAUGUAUGUUCAGGAAAUGUCUUACCCAUAAAGUGCUAAUAUCACCUCCAGGCUAGCUGGUGUUCCAUGAAUGUUUCUCUCGUCUGUGUUAGCGCUGCAGCUAUUGAUGAUUUUAGUAAUCGAGUACUCCAUUGAUUAAUCGGAUAAGAAAUACUUUUGUCUUAUUAAUGAGCAAUAAUAAAUAUUCAAAGGAGAAAAAUGCAGGUCUUUUAAAAUGAACUGCUCAUUGGUUUCCAUUUUAGAAAUUGAUGUGUUUUUAAUAGUUAAACUGCAGACAUCUGUCAAAAAAACCCUUCGUUG